AUGGAAGAAAUAAACUCAAAAUCAUCGGUACCUUUUUGGCGUUUGAUACGUAUUGCUGUCACAUUUCUUGAAUUUCUUGGAAUGAUAGCACAUUUUUCACAAAGAGUGAAUGUUGGCAUUGCUCUGGUCUACAUGGUUAAUCAUUCAGCAAUUGAACAAGAUAAAUUAAAUUCUACUACUACACUAAUUACACACACAGAUGAUAGUUGUCCUCAAACAAAUAACACAAAUCAUAUUGAAGGUUCUUUGAUUUUGACAAAAACUAGGCAAGGUAUCAUCUUAGGUGCUUAUUUUUGGGGUUAUAUUAUAACUCAAAUACCAGCUGGAUAUUUAGCUGGUCAAUUUGGUCCUAGAUUUCUAUUUGGUGGAGCAAUGCGUGUAUCAAGUGUAGUUACUACGUUCAUGCCAAAAAUUGCAAGUGUACAUUGGAUAUUAUUUUGUAUUUUUCGAUUAUUAGUUGGACUUGCACAUGGAACCAUUGGGUCAUGUAUGACUGUAAUCAUGGCUCAUUGGGUACCAACACAUGAACGUGGAAAAUUGAUGGGUUUUAUGAAUGCUGAUAAUUUCUUUUAUUUUUGCCCAUAA